AGGGUGCGUAGGCGACCGGCUGUAACCGAUGCCCACCGCACCAACUCUUUUAACUCCCUUCCUCUCCAGGGAAGGAGGCCAGAAUCCCCCGUCGACGCGCACGCGCCGUCGCGCAGAGCUCCGCGUCCGCAUCGGCCACCGCCCACCCGCGCCGGCCGCCGGCGGCGUGGAUGGGGAAGCUCGCCGCCCUGAAGCGGGAAGCGGUCGGGGUGGACUAGGUGCUCGGCGAAUUCCUAGUUUAGACUUUAGAAGCAGUAGGUGGAGGUGAUGCGGGGCGGAGCGAUGAAGGCUCUGCGGCGAUCCAGCACCUCCUCGCCGCCGUCUUCCCCGCAUUUUCAUUCGUGGAUCCACCGCCGGUACCUCCUCGUUACCUCGUCGGCGACGUCCUCUUUGUCUGCAUCGGCGAAUUCGGCCGCGGAGGGUUCGGAUUCAGCGUCAGUGGUGGCAGCUUCCUCGUCGCCCUCGUUGGAUCCUUCGUCUCCGAACAUGGACCGGGGUGUAAUUAAAUCUCCAUGGUCUCGAAGAAAAAGGAAACGAGCGCUCACUUGUCAACACUGGAUUUGUCUAUUUUCAGCGAACGGGAAGUUUCGUGAUGGGGGAAGAAAGUUUCUAAAGAAGGUUCGCAGUGGGGGAAUUGAGCCAGGCAUAAGGGCUGAAGUUUGGCCAUUUCUGCUUGGAGUCUAUGAUUUGAACAGCUCUGAGGAGGACAGGAAUACCAUCAAGAUAAAGAAAAGCUUCUGGUGCAGGAAAGAAUAUGAAAAAUUGAGGCGACAGUGCCACCAUGUUCUGCAUUGCAAUAGAGGAAAUGGUCUGAAUGUUAUAAAUGAGUUCCUGAAUGAGGACUUCUCUGAUGGGGCUGAAGGUUCAGAGUCACCAUAUUCCAAUGGUGCUAGUAAGAGGGCUUGUGUGAUGCCCAGAGAAUUGAAAUCUUUAGGCAGUAAGGCAGAAGAGUCAGAGAGUUCUAACUGGGAUGUUGUGGAAUCCAUAGAUGAAGAUACAAGUGAGUUAACUUCUGUUGAUCCAUGCAUGAUAGAAUCAGAAUCUUCUGAAUCUGAGUCUUCAUAUGAAGAGGACCCUGAUAGAACACCUGUCUCUACCAAUAUGGAAGAGAGCUGUGAUCCCAAACCUAGAUUUGUCCGGACUGCUUCAGCAAAGUCAGACAUUUUUCUUUCAGACAGAACUCCUGAGGAUUUUACCACAUGGCAGCGCAUUAUACGUGUAGAUGCUAUUCGAGCAAAUACAGAAUGGGUUCUAUUUGCCCGUAACCAGGCUGAAGUCUCUAAAGAGAAAGCACUGCAGUCUGCAAUAUCUGUUGGAUUGAAAGAUUUUGACCAUUUGGAGCCUUACAUGAUUUAUCAUGCGGCACGAUUAGUUGCACUGCUUGAGGCAUAUGCAGUCUAUGAUCCAGAGAUCGGGUACUGUCAAGGAAUGAGCGAUCUCUUGUCACCAAUAGUUGCAGUCAUGGAGGAAGAUCAUGAAGCAUUUUGGUGCUUUGUGGGUUUCAUGAGGAAAGCCAGACACAACUUCAGACUUGAUGAGGUUGGAAUAAGAAGACAGCUGAAAACCGUCUCGCAGAUCAUCAAGCUUAAAGAUUCACAGCUCUACAGGCACCUGCAGCAACUUCAGGCCGAAGACUGCUUCUUUCUGUACCGAAUGGUGGUGGUUCUCUUCAGGAGGGAGCUCACUUUUGAGCAGACUAUGUGUCUGUGGGAGGUUAUGUGGGCCGACCAGGCCGCGAUUCGAGCUGGGAUUGGAAGGUCCACUUGGGCAAGGAUAAGGCUUCACGCCCCUCCAACAGACGACUUGCUGCUCUACGCUAUCGCAGCCUGUGUCCUGCAGAGGAGGAAGCUGAUAAUCGAGAAGUACAGUAGCAUGGAUGAGAUACUGCGGGAGUGUAAUAGCAUGGCCGGGCAGCUAGAUGUCUGGAAGCUCCUAGAUGAUGCACACCACUUGGUUGUCGACCUUCAUCACAGAAUCUGAUGCGACGGCUUCCCUCAGUUAUGUUUGGUAGAGUAUGCAGACAUGAACCACUUUUCCGAGGUGUAUUUAGUAAUCUGUUGUGUACUGUUCAUCACCCGGAAUUAUGGGCAUAUAUCUAGAGAACCGUGUGGCUUCAAGUGAGGACGAAGUUAUCUCCACUUCGGUUAAGCUGAUAAACCAUUGGAUAGCACAAUGGUUUAUGCAAGCCAUCCAUAGUUUAACUUGAUGUAAAAUUUCGUUUUUUUGCUUCCAGUAUCUGUCCUAGGCGAAAACAUCAUUUUCCAUCAAGCCUUUUAUAGCAAAAUUUAAAGUUCCCAGAUUUUGGGGUGUAAUGCGGAGUAAUAUAUGAUGGAUUCAAAGUCUUUGCUGCGUCA